GUUUACGCAGAAGCCUUGUUCGAUAGCUGUAGGAUUAGGUCUCAUUUUAUGAAACUAGACCAUGGAGAACAAUUGUAUGACUAUAGGUUUCAGUAAGUGUGUGUCCAUAAUUAAUUUUUUUUUCCAUUUUAUGUGCAGACAUAUUGCAGGCCAGAUUGACCCAAGACCCUGGACAGAGAAGACCGGCAGAAGUUUUGAUCACUUCCCUCAACAAACUUCUGGGAACUACUGUGGCAUCCUUAUACUCAUUUAUGCCCUCUGUAUCUGCACCAAUACCCCAUUUAUCUUCACAGAGAAUGAUGUGCCAUUAAUCCGCCAGUGGUGGUGCAUCCUACUGAUGGAAAGAUUUCAGAUUGAAGGACAUGGCCAGAGGUUUGCUUUCUGGACUGACAAGGCUAGCAGGCUAUUGCAAGGGACCCUUCAGCCACUUUUUAGGGUAUCUAGGUCAAUCACUUCAGACAUUCCACCUCAUGUGCAAACCAUGGUCAACCGCACAGCCCAAGAAAAGAAGCUGGUAGACUUUGCUGUACAAGACCAUGGAGUCCGGCAACAUUUGUUGGGUGUACUCUGUGGAAAAGAGCCUUCGAAGUGGCUCAGCAGAAUCCAGAAGGGAUCAUCUCUACGGGUGCCAGUGUACCUGGACUCGGAGGAAGAACAGGACUCCCUAUUUUUCUAUCUUCAGGAUGUCCUGAAAUCUGCACCAGUAGAAUUCCACAUUGAGGAUCAAGUGCAGUUCAUUUUGGAUGUUUUGUUCCCAGAGUGCAUCACCCAAGCCAUGUCUACACUACAGGGAAUAACUAUACAAGAGGCUGAAGAGUUGUUUCUUUCAGGUCCUAACUACAGCAGAAGGUAAAAACAGUUACCUGUGUUUGAAAUAUCUGUAUGAAUGUUUAUUUAUUGUGACUACCAUUUUAAUUGGGUGGGUGGUUGCGUGUUUGUGUCGGGGUACUUUGAGUUGGGGAGGGUGGAAAUCAGUUGGAUUUCUUUUUCUUCAUCCUCCAUACUUUAGCGGCGCAACAACAAACACUGUAACACAACACUACAUGCCCCUCUGUAGCCUAAUAGGGAGAGGCAGUAAGAGCACUGUCGUGGGGAGCUUUUUAACUGUACCGCGGAGCUCAGCUAGUUAAAGAAACAGUCCGGGGUCUCCGUUCUCGUAUUUGGUCUUCAUAAUGCAUGCAUAAUGUUGUUACCCCUGUCUUAACUUUUGGAACAUGUUACAGGCAUCAAAUUCAAAAUGAGUGAAUAUUUGCAACAUUAAAUUUCUUGUCUUUGUAGUGUAUUCAAUUGAAUGAGUUAAAAAGAAUUUGCAAAUUGUAAUCUGUUUCUGUUUUCUUUUUUUCCCUUUAUUUUUUAAAUAUGUAAACUUUAUGAAUUAAACGUAAAUUUAAUAUAAA